UCCUGAGGGUGGUGGGGAGACAAGAAAAGCUGUGAGCAGGGGAAAUGAAGAUCCUUCUGUUUGCAGGGGAGACCCCAAAGGCCAGGGACCAGUGAGGAGGUCAGAGCAAAGGCUUGGAGAGAAGCCCUAUCAGGGCUCUUCCAGAAAAGCAGCCAAAGCAGCCAGGGUGGUCCGAUCAUCUGCUCUGGGGUUGGGGCCCAGCUUCUAGCUCCAUCUGGCUGCCUGGGCCUCUUCACCAGGCCCCAGGGAGAGGCCCUGAGGAACCCAGAAGUUAUCUGUCCAGCCCCAACUGUAGCAUCUGUCUCUGAACUCCCAGCUGACCCUGGGGCGUGGCUGAGUUGCUAUGGAGACAUACCACCUGGGGCGAGGGCGGGGCAGCCCCAGCUGUGGGGGAGGGGUAGGUAGGGAACUGGAAAUAGGGGUCAAAGCCAGGCUGAGGGGCUGAACUGGACAAGCUGGCCCUUUCUUCCUCCCGACUGGACCUCGAAGCUUGGGCGGCUAUUUAACCCCUUCAUCCCCACAGUAUAUCUAAGAGAGAGAAGAAAGGGUUGAGAGAGAGCUGAUUCCCUCUCAGGAUGAUCUAGAACAGGGGGCCCCAACCCCCGGGCCAGGGACCAGUACGGGGGGCCUCACAGCAGGAGGUGAGCGGCGGGCGGGCCGGUCAGCCGCUCCCCACCGCUCGUGUUACUGCCUGAAUCACGCCCACUGCCACCCCCGGUCCGUGGAAAAACCCUCUUCCAUGAAACCGGCCCCUGGUGCCAAAAAGGUUGGGGCCCGCUGAUCUAGGAGACCAGGCCUCUGCAGGGAAUAUGUGGGGAGCAGCCAGAAAUUCCAAAACAUAUACCCCUUCUCUUGGCAGUGGUCUGGAAUUCUAGAACACGGGUUGGCAGGGGGACCAAAUCCAGCUAGCAGCCUGUUUUUGUAUGGCCUAUGAGCCAAGAAUGGGUUUUACAUGUUUAAAAGGUUGGGGUGGCGGGGAGGGAGGGAAGGGAAGAAAAAUAAGCAGUCAUCAACAGACUCUAAUAUUUUCUAUCUAGCCUUUUACAUAAAUUGUUUAUAUCAAUCCCUGAUCCAAACUUUGACUUGUAUGCUCCCUGCUGACAGGGGACUCACUAACUGUAACAUGGGUAAUCUCACCCUCUGAAGCCUAGAAAGCUCUUCUUUCCCCUGAGCUGAAGUCUGUGCCCUGGGGCUCUGCAGACCUGCUGGGUCCCUCGGCCUGGGCAGCCAGCAAGUUCUGAAGAUAGAGCUUUACUCCCCAGGGCAAGCCUCUAGUUCCUUCAGGGUCUUUCUUGUACUAUAAUUCCUAGGUUAAUGCUUUGUCUUGCAGUAAUUAAAAAAUGGAAAACUCUGUCCUUAAUGUUCCUCUCAAGGAGAUGGCUUCUCUCCUUGAGAUAACAGUGACACAAGGAACAGCUUACUCCAUGUGCCAGGCAGUGGGCUCCGCCUCACACCCAGAGCCUCACUACAGACGCUGCCCUGACACAGAGGAAGUCAGAACUUCUGCUCUAGACAGAGAGACGUGUGGUCCUUCAGCCACAGUUACCCAGGCAGGGAAGGGAGGGGGGAUGACAGACAUGACACAAGCCUCUCCCCACCCUCACCCCCAGGAGAACUGCUGGGAUGAGGAAUAGCUCUUUACUGGAAACCAUUCAGUCCAAGGGAUGGCAGCUGCCCAGGGCCAUCCUGCUUCUCCAGGCUGGCCCCUACAGUGUCACCAAGUGAGCCUCUGCCCUAGGUUCAAUGAGGGGAUGCUUAGAGAAAGAGCUCUAAUAGCCCCUCAGCUUCCAACAGCCUGAUGCCAUGGCUGAUCGGGACCUGCCCUUUCUCCCCAGCACGCGGGCACUCACACCGACCCUUGGCAGGGAGAGGGGUUGGGAAUGGGCUGGCAAGGGAACAGAGACAAACGGAGAGCUGAGCCUAGUCUGCUUGACGUCCAGGGCUCGACUGCCAAGUCAGGGAAUAAUGGUGGGAAUCGGAAUCUGGCUUCGGUGGAUGGGAGGAGUCAGGAGCAGAAUCCAGGUGAGACCUAGGGCAGGUGCUGCGUGAGUAGAGAGGAGGACCGAUAAGGAGGUAGGAUUUUAUGGACAGGACCUGGUGAGUGACUGCAUGUGGGGCAGUGGCAGGAUCAAGGGUAGCUCCCAGGCUUGUAACCAGAAUGUGAGGAAAGAGCAUUCAGAAGAAGCACGUGUGAGGCCUCGCCUCAGACAUGAGCCGGGGCUGAGGAGGCCGCCAGGAAGCUCGCUGCCGAGACCGGGCCUGUGGGAUCCUGUUAAGGGUGCAGAGCAGUAAGGAGGCUCUUCUUCCAUGACGGGCACCCAGCCACUGCUGGAUGAUGCUCAAGGCAGCGGCUGGGUGGAAGAGGUGACCCCAGAGCUUCUCCCCACGCAGGGUUCUCCUGUUCUCCAGGGACCCACCGCCUUUCCUGGGCCAAGGGCCAGCUUCACCCCCCACACAGGGCAUGGACCCGAGGGGAGAGGACAAACAGCCCACGCACCGCCCGCAGGAAAGGAAAACCACACUUGGCUUCUUCCCACAAAUCUCAAGCACCAGAUCAAGAGGCAGGAACCCAGUGGGCAACCUCGGCUUGGCCACGAAGUGCUGCUGGGGGGUGAAGAGGAUGAGCCUGGGGCCAAGGUGAUUGAGGAGUUCUACAACCAGACAUGGAUCCACCGCUAUGGGGAGCGCAUCUUGCCCGCCACACUGACCACGCUCUGGUCCCUCUCUGUGGCCAUCUUCUCCGUGGGGGGCAUGAUUGGCUCCUUCUCUGUGGGCCUUUUCGUUAACCGUUUUGGCCGGCGGAAUUCAAUGCUGAUGAUGAACCUGCUGACCUUUGUGUCCGCUGUGCUCAUGGGCUUCUCAAAACUGGCCAAGUCCUUUGAGAUGCUGAUCCUCGGCCGCUUCGUCAUUGGUGUAUACUGCGGCCUGACCACUGGCUUCGUGCCCAUGUACGUGGGGGAGGUGUCCCCCACGGACCUUCGCGGGGCCCUGGGUACCCUGCACCAGCUGGGCAUCGUCGUCGGCAUCCUCAUCGCCCAGGUGUUUGGCCUGGACUCCAUCAUGGGCAACCAGGAGCUGUGGCCCCUGCUGCUGAGCGUCAUCUUCAUCCCAGCCCUGCUGCAGUGCAUUCUGCUGCCCUUCUGCCCUGAGAGCCCCCGCUUCCUGCUCAUCAACCGCAACGAGGAGAACCGGGCCAAGAGCGUGCUGAAGAAGCUGCGCGGGACCUCGGAUGUGACCCGCGACCUGCAGGAGAUGAAGGAGGAGAGCCGGCAGAUGAUGCGGGAGAAGAAGGUCACCAUCCUGGAGCUGUUCCGCUCGACCGCCUACCGUCAGCCCAUCCUCAUUGCCGUGGUGCUGCAGCUGUCCCAGCAGCUGUCUGGCAUCAAUGCUGUUUUCUAUUACUCCACAAGCAUCUUCGAGAAGGCGGGGGUGCAGCAGCCUGUGUAUGCCACCAUCGGCUCCGGCAUCGUCAACACAGCCUUCACUGUCGUGUCGCUGUUUGUGGUGGAACGAGCUGGCCGGCGGACCCUGCACCUCAUAGGCCUGGCCGGUAUGGCAGGCUGUGCGGUGCUCAUGACCAUCGCGCUGGCGCUGCUGGAGCGGCUGCCCUGGAUGUCCUACCUGAGCAUCGUGGCCAUCUUUGGCUUCGUGGCCUUCUUCGAAGUGGGCCCCGGCCCCAUCCCAUGGUUCAUUGUGGCUGAACUCUUCAGCCAGGGCCCUCGUCCAGCUGCCAUUGCUGUUGCUGGCUUCUCCAACUGGACCUCAAAUUUCAUUGUGGGCAUGUGCUUCCAGUAUGUGGAGCAACUGUGUGGUCCCUAUGUCUUCAUCAUCUUCACCGUGCUCCUGGUUCUGUUCUUCAUCUUCACCUACUUCAAAGUUCCCGAGACGAAAGGCAGGACCUUCGAUGAGAUUGCUUCCGGCUUCCGGCAGGGGGGAGCGAGCCAAAGUGACAAGACACCAGAGGAGCUGUUCCACCCCCUGGGAGCUGAUUCACAAGUGUGAGGUGCCCCACACCACCAGCCCGGUCUGCUCCCAGCAGCCCAAGGAUCUCUCGGAGCACAGGCAGCUGGAUGAGACUUUCAAACUGACAAGAUCUCAGCAGAGCUGGGCCUGGGGCUCUUUCCUUCAGCCAGUAGUGAUGUCCAGAAGAAUAUUCAGGACUUUUAAUGGCUCCAGGAUUUUAACAAAAGACUGUUGCUCAGAUCUAUUCAGACAAGCAACAGGUUUUAUAAUUUUUUUAUUACUGAUUUUGUUAUUAUUUUUUUAUCAGCCAGAGUCUCCUUUAUCCACAUCCCUGGCUUCACCCUGAAUGGCUCAGUGCCUGAGGGUGGGGACCAAGCCCUGCCUAGACACUUGCCUUCUUUGCCAAGCUAAUCUGUAGGGCUGGACCUAUGACCCAAGGACACACUAAUCGAACUACGAACCAUGAGUCUUCUACCCCAAAAGGUGGCUCUGGCCACUCCUUCUGUGGGCCUGGGUCUCCCCACCUAGGGAUCAGGCUCCAGGAUCAGGCUCCAUUAGGAUUCGCCCAUUCCUGUCUCUUCCUACCCAACCACUCAAAUUAAUCUUCCCUUGCCUGAGACCAGUUGGGAGCACUGGAGUACAGGGAGGAGAGGGGAAGGGCCAGACUGGGCUGCCAGGUGCUAGUCUCCUUUGCACUGAGGGCCAGACGGUCACCAAGAGAGGAGGGCCAUGGGAAACUGAGAACUCACUAUUCAAGAAGACGUGAACACUCCUGCCCUGCUGUGUAUAGUUGGAAGAUAUUUAUAUAUAUUUUUUGGUUGUCAAUAUUAAAUACAGACACUAAGUUAUAGUAUAUCUGGACAAACCAACUUGUAAAUACACCACCUUACUCUGUAACUUACCUAAGCAGAUAUAAAUGGCUGGUUUUUAGAAA